ACUUCUGCGCUUCCCUUCCUCCGAGUGAAUCAAAUUCUAGGGUUUGUAUUUGGCGAAGGAUUCACAGCCAGCAAGCUGGAGAGGCCUAGAGGAGAACGAUUUGAUAGCCACCAAGAGCUCCACCACCACCAUAACCAGCAUCCCAACCACCAUGACCAGCAUUACAGCAAUCCUCCUAACUACCAUCCCAACCACCAUGACCAGCACUUCAACAAUCCCAACUAUCACCAACAUCAGCACCACUACAAUUACCAGUCUGACCAGCACCACCACGUGAUCGUCGAACCAAAAGAUGCGUUUGGCAGCGGGGGAUUUCCGUCAAAUAGCGGCGGUUUUGUUGCUGGUGGUGGUGGUAGAUAUGGUGCCGGUUCUGGUUCUGGCUAUUGUGGACGCAAAAGGUGGCGGCAUCAUUCCGCUCGAGGAGCUUCUCCAGAUCACGCGGAUGGUGUUGAUCAUGUAAAACUUUAUGUUGCACCCGUUUCAAGAACAGCAACUGAAGCUGAUAUCCGACCUGUCUUUGAAGAACAUGGAAAUGUAGUUGAAGUUGUUAUAUUGAAGGAUAAGAGAACUGGCCAACAACAAGGAAGUUGUUUUGUGAAAUAUGCAACGGUAGAUGAAGCUGAAGGGGCCAUUAGAGCUUUAAGCCUUCAAUAUACUUUUCCUGGAGAACUGGCUCCCCUCGUAGUCAAAUAUGCUGAUAGGAAACAGGAACGUCUUGUGGUGGACAAAUUGUAUGUUGGUUGCCUGAACAAAGAUGCUUCACAAAAGGAAAUUGAGGAGAUAUUUUCCCCCUAUGGUCUUGUUGAGGAUGUCUACAUCAUGCGUGAUGAGCUGAAGCAAAGUCGUGGAAGCGGGUUUGUUAAAUUUUCUCAUAGGGAUAUGGCACUGGCAGCAAUCAAAGCGUUAAACGGAACCUUCAUGAUGAGAGGUUGUGAUCAGCCAUUAGUUGUUCGUUUUGCAGAUCCUAAGAAACCUAGGACUGGAGAACUAAGGGGCAAUCAAGCAUUCGGAAGCAUAAAUUUUGCUCCCUGUUCUCAAGAAACAUUUGCUAGGCUAGCACCCAAUCUUGGUGAUUCUAUGGGAGGAUGUAUCUUGCCUAAUUCUUCAUAUCCUCAGCUACCAAAUUCCACAAGUUCACUACCUCAAGCUGUUCCCCAAAUGGCAAACCAAGAACCUGUCAGGCAACAACCAUUUCCUCCCCUACAACAGUUGCCUUCAGAGUUGUCUCAGAUGCCAUUGCAGGAGACACGAACUCCACAGACAAGUUCACAAUCAUCUCAACAAGCAGUUUCUGAGGUGCAGAGGCAGUUUCAUCAAAUUGAAAAAGUAGAGCAGCAGUUGAGUUUACAGUCUCCACAUCCUGGAAUCAAUCAUCCAAUAGUUCCUAGUACUUCCACCUCACCUGCAGUGCCUAUAAGUCCCCAGACAGCAACUCCUUUAGAUUGUGAUUGGAGUGAACAUGCCUGCCCUGAUGGAUACAUGUACUAUUAUAAUUGUGUCAGUUGUGAGAGCAGAUGGGAGAUGCCUGAGGAGUAUUCCUUAUAUGAGCAUCAGUUACAGAAGCAUCAAAAUCUGCAAAAUCCUAGCCAUCAGCUUCAGUCCCCGCUGCCAGUUAUUUCCACCCAACGAGUCAGUCAAACAGAAGAGGUGCUGGAUCAUGUGCAACUGCAGGCAGAGUCUAGUCCUGUUAUUGGUCCAACCUGUGCUUAAGAGGUAUCAGGUCUGCCAUUUAUGAUAAAUCUGUUUAGUCUGAGACUGAAAUUUAAUCUUGGAUUUCAUUUUGUAAUUCUGAAGGUUUUGGUUAUUUUUGUAUUGCUAAAGUACUACUAAUGCUAAAAAAAAAAAAAACUGUAUUUGAAGAGAUCA